CUGAGGGACGAAGACGAUCAGACGCCACAGACAACAACAGCAGCAAGAAAGACAGAAUUCCUCCCAGCACGAAGAGACACGUCAGUAAAUACGACCGCAGAAGAAGAAGAAGAAGAAGAAGAAGAAGAAGAAUAUCGGACACAUUCAGAGGACAGACAGAGGAUCUAAAUCCUGAAUCACUCAUGGAUUGUACCUGAGGCCGAGCUGGUCAGAUCAAGUCAGGGAUCACCGACUGACUGGCGGCCAUCUUGGAGAAGCUCCCAGACAGCCCCAUCCCCUCUGAUUCCUCCUUGCUGGGCAGCAUGGAGCCUGGAGCCGACCGGCUGCCCGUCCAGGUCCUGGGAGAGAACGAGGCUCUGCAGCAGUUCUUCAGCGGUCAGGAUGUUGCCGUGGAUACGAGCAUCCUGGAGCAAUAUCUGAGCAACGACAUGGACCCCAGCAGCUUCAUGCUCCCUGAGUCUCCUCCUGAUUCGAGCUCUGAGGCCUGUUCACCUGCACAGAUACCAGACUUCCACUAUGAGUCGUCCUAUUGGUCCAACCAACAGAACAACCAGCAACUUUAUCAACCGGCGACCCAACUCGGCGCCUCCUCGUCCUGUCACUUUAAGGACCGAGUCUCCACCCCCACCCAUCCCAACCUGCUGAGCCACAACCAGCAUCAUCACCAUUUGAGCCUCACUAACACUUAUAUUAAGUCUGGGACUCCACCUGCACCACCUAUCCCACCCCUCCACCUGCCCCAAAACUCACACUACUCACCUGAAAACCAACAACACCUGAGUCCCCAGAGCUGCUCGCAGGUUUACACCCCACCCACCCCUCCUUCUCCGCCUUUACCUCACUCCAAAAGCUACAGCACAUCAAGCGUUGGCAUGAUCCCAGAUAUAUCGACGGCCACUUCAACCUGUCUGCAGGAAUCCAUGACCUCGCUACACAGCUGCUCCCCGGAGAGUAAAAAAAGGAGGAUGUCGAAGUCUGAAGAACCAUUGUCAGGAGUCGAUGGUUACUGCUCUGUGGCUGAUGGGACUCAUGGCGGCAGUAUAGGGAAUUGUGUUGGUGUUGGUGGACUGGGAUCCUUCCAGCUGUUGACCUGGGAACAGUACAGGCCAGAACAAUGGAGCACUUUGUACGGCAGCAGCUUCCAGACACUGUCUCCUCCCGCCUACCAUGUCGAUACAGAUAAAGGCUUCAACUAUUCUACCCCUGACGAGGCCUUUGUUUGUCAGAAAAAGAACCACUUUCAGGUGACCAUUCACAUCGGCAUGGCUGCAGAGCCGCAGUACGUCGGGACGCAGAGCGGGCCGAAGGAAGUCGACCACUUCCAGAUAAAAGUGUUUGGGAUUAAGCUGGAAACUCCCAACCACUUGGUGACCAUCGAACAGUCUCAACCCGACCGCAGCAAGAAGCCCUUCCACCCGGUCAGAGUCAGUCUGCCGGGGGAUAAAAUUACCAAGGUGACGCUUGGACGUUUGCACUUCAGCGAGACGACAGCCAACAACAUGAGGAAAAAAGGAAAACCAAACCCUGACCAGAGGUAUUUUCAAAUGGUGGUUGGCCUGUACGCAGCGGUCGGAGAUGAAACUUUCCUCCUCACAGCGCUGGUGUCGGAAAGAAUAAUCGUCAGGGCUUCCAACCCCGGCCAGUUUGAGACCGAUGGCGACGCCAUGUGGCAGCGUGGGGCGGCGCAGGAUGCCGUCGUCCUCCAGGGUCGCGUGGGCAUCAACACGGACUCACCUGACGAGGCGUUGGUCGUCUGCGGUAACGCCAAGGUGAUGGGCGCCAUCAUGCAGCCGUCGGACUCCCGCGCCAAGCAGAACAUACAGGAGGUCGACUCUGAGCAGCAGCUGAAGAGGAUCACCCAGAUGAGGCUAGUCGAGUUUGAUUAUAAACCAGACUUCGCCUCCACCAUGGGAAUAGACCAACCCCACCAAACAGGUAUAAUAGCUCAGGAGGUGAAGGAGCUGCUACCAACCGCAGUGAAGGAGGUCGGCGAUGUCAUCUUUUCUGACGGAGAGAGGAUUCACAACUUCCUUAUGGUAGACAAGGAGCAGAUCUUCAUGGAGAACGUGGGGGCGGUGCAGCAGCUGUCGAAGCUCACUGAUAAUCUGGAGACUCGAAUCCAAGAGCUUGAGGGCUGGAACCGCCGACUGGCCAAACUGAAGAGUCUAACGGGAAGCCUGCGCUCCACCGGGAGGUCGAAGAACAACAGCGUAGUGUCGACGCCAUCGAGUCCUGACGCCUGUAAGACGCCGAGAGUCCAGAUUCAGGAGAAGGAUCGUAGUCACAUAUACAACUACUGUCUGCAUCAUCGGCUGUUCCAGGCCAUUAUCGCCGCCCUGCUGGUCGCUAUAGCUCUAUGCAUGAUCUCUUUCACCACCUUGUACCUGCUGAAUCUGAAGUCAGAAGACUUUGAGGUUUUUCCCAACAACAGUAACGGCACCAUCAUGCCUCUGCAGACCACAGCCUGGACCAGCACAGUCCUGCCGUCCAGACCACCGGUCCUCUGGCCUCCUGAGGUGGACUUCUGUGACCUGCUCUACUGUAGCCAGGUGUACUGCUGCCCUUCGUCAACAGAGGGCAGCACCAACGCCACCGUCACUGAGUCUCCUGAAACAGAAACCUCAAACAUUACAGAAAAAAGAAGAGAAGCACUUUAUUACUCGUUGAGAAGUGCCCAAGACUGGACCAACACAACCAUCGAGUCUUUCAUAAUCAAAGAGAACCAGCAGGUGAUCGACAACAAAUACUGCAUGAGAGACGAAUGUGGUCCGGGGAGAUACGUCUUCAGAGUUCCCAUCAGCCAGUUCGUCCCAGUCAACAUGAGAAUCACGCUGCAGAUGAACUCCACGGAGCUGCUGGUCGUCCACCUGUGCAGUUUUGAUGAGUCGGUGUCCUGCUCUGCUCUGUUGGACGUCAACACCGUCACUGAGAACAUUUACCCGUUAAACACUCAGGGGGAACACGAGUGGCCUCUUCACGUGGCUCGUCACUAUCGCAGCUCAUAUCACUUCCGUUCGGCUGUGGCUGGUCAAGGAGACUGCAGUACUGACCACCACUAUGCGGGGGCGCUGUUCACAGAUUACUACUUCCACUUCUACAGACGCUGCAAAAAGUCGUAGCCAAACAUUCAAAUUGACAUUUUGUAUAUUUUUCUGUCCCUACACUAAGACGACAGUCAGAGGAAUCAGAGACGACUGUCGUCACUUCUUCUAUAAUAUUAUUAUUAUUUUUUAUUUUAUUUAGAUCAGAUCCGUAAUAUUGUGCUAUUUAAUGUGUUUUACGUUUUAUUUCUUUUCUGCUUCGUUAGGCUUCACACAGACUAUGGUGCGAUUAAACUCAGUAUAUGUCCCAUAAUUCACUAAAACAACAGGAAUAAUUACCAGGAGUCCGACAUGAGACUUUAAAAUCACUCAGAUGAUCCAAAAGAAAAACGUUUCUUCUGUUCAGAAUAAUUAAUUCUUUCCCUCGUUUUUGUGUGUUUGUGUAAUAUUACCUCAUUAUGCUAAAAAAAACUCUAAAAGUAACGUCACAGACACAUUAUAUCUGUGACCAGCCAAUUGUGGGGAAUUUAAUCCUAAAACGUUUUGUUUUUUUAUAAAUUAUGAAAUUUGGAAUAUAUGAAAAAAAAACUGUUGUUAAAGAUGAAAUUUAAAAAUAAAACGAGUGUCAAGUUACUUAUAAAAACAAACA